UUCUCUUCCUGUAGGUGGGUGUUCGCUACCUGUGUGAAUGAAGCGAUUCGACACUGGAACUUAGCGAGCUCACAUUCUGGGCUUUUUUUGGCUUGAGUUUUUACACAGCGGCCCUGGACUUAACUGUGGAAACCGCGUAGAGACAUUUUGCGUUCUGUGUUAGUUUUUGUAUUUUAUUUUCGACAUAAGGAGGUAGCACUCAGUGCUGCCGUUAGCCUAUGCUAACUCGCAUUCAGUUUCGCUGUCCAGCGGUUUUCCUGCUCUCGUUUCUGGGUGAAUUAACGCAGACCCUGUCGAGUCAAACCAUGGAGUUUUUACGGAGUUGAAGAGUGCACUAACAUCAGAAAAUUUCGCUACAAAACACUUAUGCCAAAGUCAGAGGUGUCUCACUAUUGCAUGUAGCAUGUUAGCGGUUUGGCUAAUGAGUGUCAGGUGAUAUUGAACUCUAAUAGGAGAGAUAUCCUUCGAAUUCAGUCGAGAAACUGAGAAAAUAGAUUAAAUAUAAUAUUUACGUUCCGUCUGAUUGGUUUUAAUGUAUUACAGGUCGAUUCAGGCUAUAAUUUAGUCGUUCAGCGUUAGCACUGUUGCUGUCGAAACACACGGUUUGUUUACAGUUCUAAAAAUAUUCAUGCCCCAGUAACGUUUCCAUUGAAGUGCUGUUGAACCAUUUGCUGGACACGUAUCUCUCUGCUGUCAUUUGUUAAGGCUCAAUAUAAUGUCAGAGCUGCUUCAGGCAAGAUAUCAUAACAAUGCUAACAUUAGCUCUAUGUUAGCAUGUUAAAUUGUAUGGUUUAAAGCCAAAUCCACUGAGGCAUUUUUCAGCGUUCUUUUAUUUAAAUGAGUAUUGCUUACAGAGGAUGCUUAGUGUUUUCCCUCCUUCAGUUGUAGAGAUUUGCUACUGCCAUACAGGGAAAGUUGAGAUAAUAUUAUGACUUUUUAGGCCUAGAGAUGGCUGUAGGUUAAAAGAAAUCAGCAUUCAGUUAAGAUAUAAGACUCUAAAUGGUGUUAUACUUGCAUAUCUCUUGUUGGAGAAAGGGAAAGUUUACAGAUAUGGUCAGAAAAACUAGAAAUUGAAUUCUCAGGACUCUGAAGCUCUAUACCAUAUUUUCAGUAGUUACAAAAGCAAAGAAAGCCAAUGAAGAUAUUAAAACUCACUGCCUGUCUUUUCUCUGCUUUGCCUAUAAUAGUGUGAAGAUUGCAGGUGUUCAGUGAUCUUAUACAUAUCCAUUAUCAUCUCUAAAUUUAGAUAAAUAUAUAAUAGUACCCUAAAGAAACCUGAAUCCUUAUUUGAAUUUUCUAGAAAACCCAUAUUAGGCAACUUUAUAUAAAUCAGACAGCCAUCUCAUGCCUUAGUAACAUGCAACAGACAGGUUAAAAUGAGCAUGUUCAAAAUAGCUUAUUGUUCUUAUGCCAUCAGAACAGCUCAUUUAUAUAUGGAAUUGUGGUUGUUUAAAGUGCUGGAAAGUCGUAAAGAAACCAAACCAAGCAGUUUUGAAGAAUCCUCAGGGUGAAUGUUUUCAUGUAGCCCUUGGGUCACAGCUGUGCCAAAAACUCUUGAUGUACUUCACUACAAACAGGGGUCUGCCAGAGGAGCAUGCAAGCAAACUGUUGAUGCUAAAAGAACACCGGUCUGAAGUUGUUUUGGAACGUCUCGCUUUCUGCUAAUUUGUUUCAUUACCAGUCUGAGAAAGUCCAUCCUGAGGUUCCCAAUGGAAGUACCGCACUAGAAACUUUGACCAGGGAAACUACAAGAUCUCUGGGUUGUCUCACCCAGAAGUGCUAAGAUGGGCUCUCAGGCUCUUCAGAUAUUGCGGCAGGGAGUGUGGGCUUCUCUGACCGGAGGAUGGUAUGUGGACCCUCAUCAGAGUACCUUCUCAAACUGCUUUCAUCUCUACCUCUGGAUAUUCCUCUUGGCCUUCCCAUUUCUUCUGUACAUGGCCCUUCCUGCCAGUUUAGUGGUGGCUGGUGUGUACUGCGCUGUGAUAGCGGCCUUCUUUAUGGCCAUAAAAGCAGUGAACUUUCGACUGCAUGCCAUGUUUGACCUGGGCGAGAUUGUGGAGAAGAGGCAGGCCUCGUUCACCACAGACCCCAAUAGAGUGGAAGAAGGAGAGGAAGGCUCUGGUGCUCAUGAUGGAAGCCAACGCAGGGACAGUGGUGUGGGUGUAGAAAUGACAGUGUUCCGAAAGGUGAACUCCACCCCUCCUGUACGCUGCAGUUCCCAACACUCGCUGUUUGGAUUGAACCAGGUGUCGGAAUUUUUACCACAGCUUGAAGACCCUGGAGGCUCCAAGGAUAUUAAAGAGCUCAUGCAGGAGCAAGGCAGUAGUAAUGUGAUCGUGACCUCUGCACAUAGAGAUGUCCUUCGACACAACUCUCAGGACAACACUAGUGUGGCACCAUCCUGCAUGGCUGGGGAUUACAGAGGGCUAAUUGGUGUGGGUGAUGUAUUGUCAGGAGGGUUUAGUAACCUGCACCCAACAAACUGUCCUUCCAUCCCGCCAUCCCCAUCCAGCCAAGAAGAUGGAGAUGAAAAGGACCAUGUGGAUAAUGGGGGUGUGGAGCAGCUGUCUCAGAGGAGCCCCGAUGGGGAGGGUCUCAGAGGCUACUCCCGCCUUGGACCUUCAGCUGAGUCUGAGAGUCUGGGAGAUGCUCCUCUCAGCCCUCUCAUCAAGAGUAGCUUGAGUGAGGAGCUAAGCGAGAACUUGCUGGGCUUGGGCCUUGACCCAGUGACUUUUGCCCCUGGUGCUGAGCACCCAGGCAGCCGCACCGGGAUGGCCCUGGCUGCAGGCUCCACUGACAGCUGCUUCAGUGGAGGUGGAGCUGCCACAGACCGAGAGACUCUUAGUACGGUCAGUAGCUACCGCAGUGAGAAAACUGACUCAACACAGCUUGAGAGCCCUUCAGUGGGCCAGACGCAUAAACCUGGGUCUAAUGCUCCUUCCACAGCAUUGCAUCAAGGUAAAGGCCCCUAUCAGCAGCCUGGAGAUGUGAUCCAGGGCGGUAGUGACACGGAUGACCUAUCAGACAGCGUGCUGUUACGCUCACCCUCCAAAGAGCUCUCCUCUGGGCAGGGCCUGGACAGAACUCUGGUGGAGGGGGAGGACCUUCCCCCUUUGCUUGCACAGCCCUCCUUGCAGGACUCAUCACUGUCUAGCAGCGGGCCUUCGGAGACCUGCGAUCUUGAUGGUGGCAUCCCCAUACCCCCUCUUCCUCCUCCACGCCAGGCCAGCUCUGUACCGUCAGGGUUGGCACUGGGCUUGGUCUGCUCAGAGCCAGCUCUGCCGGUCUCUGCCCCUUCCUACCUCCUAGCAGAGCCACCAUCUCUGCAAGCGCAGCAGCAAGUGGUGCGACCUAAAGAUCUGAAGCUGCUGCGUGCCGGCGGCAGUGUGGGUCACCGUCCCGGUCGCAGGAAAGCUCCCCGUAAACGACGCACUGCUGGCAGUAGCAGUUUCGACUGUGGCUCCUACCGCCGGCACCAAAGCCGUGGCCAACACAGAGACUACAUCCCUGUACGCAGCCGGCUAGGUGCCAAAGCCUACAGUGAGAGCUUGUUUGAGGACUCCAGUGAUGAAGAUGAUGGCAGUGACAUGAGUGCAGGUUCUAGUCUAGGAUCCCAACGCCGCUUCAGCUCUGAUGAUGAAGACGAUGAUGAAGAUGAUGAUUCUAGCUCCUCUACCUCCUGCUACUCCCCUGAUCUAACGAAUACCGGCAUCACUUCCCAACCCGUCCCCCCUCAACUACCUAGCCCUAGAGAGGGGGAGGACCCUGACACAGUGGGACCCUCCCAUUCUCGCAGCGCUCAGCGCUCAGCCAGCACAGCUAGUGCCAAGACUCAUGCCAGAGUGCUAAGCAUGGAUGGUGCCGGUGGAGGCUCCAACAACACAGAGACUCUUGCGUCUACUGUGCUACCUUUACCUCUUUCUUCUGCUCCUGCCCCACGUCCACUCACUAUCUCUAAAUCAGAUCUGGAGGCUCGGACACUGCACUCAGAGGGCUUCUCAAGGGCCCACCAUAGGCUAGACUCUCUUGGAGGCUCCUGGGCUGGGAACCAGACAGGCUGGAGGGCAGGAGAGCUGCUAGAAGAGGGGGCAGUAGGAGGAGCCCCAGAGGAGGGUAGUAAGCGUGACUCUGUGAGCAGUGUAAAAAGGACGCAGGCCAUUCGCAGGCGGCAUAAUGCUGGUAGUAACCCCACCCCACCCCCUUCUGCCAUGGGCUCUCCUCCAAGUCUUCAAGACCUUCAGAGAGUCCGGACUUCCUCUCAUUCUCGCACGCGAACACUCCCCUCUGCUUUACACUUCGCUGCCUCCUCCUUGCUGCUGCUGCCCCGAAGCGGUGUUCAUGAGGCAUCCACCUUUGAUGACACCACAGAGGGAGCUGUGCACUACUUUUAUGAUGAGAGUGGAGUAAAGAGGUCUUAUACUUUUGGACCUGCUGGUGGAGGAUAUGAGGACCCAGUCCAGGAGCGAGAGCGAGAGCGAGAGCGACAGUCACAGUCCUCUAGCUUUACCUCCACUGAUGUGCAGGAGGUGGCGCCAGUGCUGUCUAUGCUGCAGCCAAGGCCGGUGGUCCUCCAGGGCAUGCAGGUCCGCAGGGUGCCUCUGGAUAUGCCAGAGUUUGACCUAGACCAUGAGUCCCCUCACGAAUCCCAAGAGAACACACUGAUGAUCGAGGAAAAGGCCAAGCCUAAACAUUAUUAUCGUUUCUGGGUGCUGCCGGGGAAAUGGCUAAGAGUUCGUUAUGACCGGCUUGCUUUGCUAGCCUUACUGGACAGGAACCGACGCAUAAUGGAGAAUGUGUUUGCUGUGGUGUUGGCCAGCUUAGUGGCAUUCCUAGGCUUCCUGUUGCUAUUCCAGGGCUUCUUUAGGGACAUCUGGGUCUUCCAGUUCUGCCUAGUCAUUGCCAGCUGUCAGUACUCCUUGUUAAAGAGUGUGCAGCCUGAUGCGGCAUCUCCGAUGCAUGGCCAUAACUGGAUCAUCGUGUACAGCCGACCAGUGUAUUUCUGCUUGUGUUGUGUGCUGAUCUUGAUAUUUGACCUGGUUGGCCACUCAGACAGUAUGCUGCCUUUCACCCUCUAUGGGGUCACCUUCUUCUCCGCCCAAUUUCUGCUCUGCGCUAGAGACAUGCUCAUAGUGUUCACCCUCUGUUUUCCAAUCAUCUUCCUGUUUGGGCUUCUACCUCAGGUCAACACGUUCCUCAUGUGUUUGUUGGAACAGGUGGACAUGCACAUAUUUGGUGGAACUGCAACCACAAGCCCCCUGUCUUCAGUCUAUAGUCUGUUACGCAGUAUAUUGGUGGCGGCUCUGGUCUAUGGAUUUUGUCUUGGUGCCAUCAAUGCUCCGUGGGGAGAGGCACAUGUCCCGGUGCUCUUCUCUGUGUUCUGUGGCCUCCUCCUGGCCUUGUCCUAUCAUCUGAGCAGGCAAAGCAGUGACCCGACCAUCCUCUGGUCUCUGAUCCGCUCCAAGUUCUUCCCAGAGCUGGAGAGCCGAACACCGGAAGAGCCCCCAAUAGAGAUUAAAGACCCUCUUCCAGAGAAAUUGCGCAAUUCUGUGAAAGAGACUCUUCACUCAGAUCUGGUCAUGUGCCCUCUUAUGGCCAUUAUCACCUUCGCCAUUAGUGCCAGCACAGUCUUUAUUGCUCUGCAGCCUGCUCUCAGUUUCGUCCUGUACAUCUUGGCUGGGGUGGUGGGGUUCUCCACACACUACCUCCUGCCUCAGCUCCGCAAACAGCUGCCCUGGUUCUGCUUGGCCCACCCUGUGCUGCGCUCCAGAGAAUACAGCCAGUUUGAGGUCCGAGAUGCGGCUCAGCUCAUGUGGUUUGAGAAGCUGUAUGCAUGGCUGCAGUGUGUGGAGAAGUAUUUCAUCUACCCAGCUGUAGUUCUCAACUCCCUAACCACUGAAGCUCACACUGUCAGCCAAAACCAUGACAAACCUGGAGCCUAUGGCCGCGCUCUAUUCAUCUCAGUGGCUGGAAUGAAGCUGCUUCGUACAUCCUUCUGUGUCCCGUCUCAGCAGUAUGUCACUCUGUGCUUCACCGCCCUCUUCUUCCAAUUCGACUACCCACGUUUUUCACAGACCUUCCUCCUCGACUACUACUGCAUGUCCAUCCUCUUCAGCAAGCUGUGGGAUCUGCUGUAUAAGCUGCGUUUUGUGCUGACCUACAUUGCACCUUGGCAGAUCACAUGGGGUUCUGCUUUCCACGCCUUCGCUCAGCCAUUCGCCGUUCCCCACUCAGCCAUGUUGUUUGUGCAAGCUGUGUUUUCAGCUCUUUUUUCCACUCCUCUCAACCCUGUGUUGGGCAGUGCUGUUUUUGUUACUUCAUACACCCGGCCUGUGAAGUUCUGGGAGCGAGAUUACAACACCAAACGAGUGGAUCACUCCAACACACGUCUGGCCACACAGCUGGACCGCAACCCUGGUGCUGAUGAUAACAACUUGAACUCUAUCUUCUACGAGCAUCUGACACGUUCUCUGCAGCACUCGCUGUGUGGGGACCUUCUGCUGGGCCGCUGGGGAAACUACAGCACCGGAGACUGCUUCAUCCUGGCAUCCGACUACCUCAAUGCUCUCGUACACAUCAUUGAGAUCGGCAACGGCCUCGUCACUUUCCAGCUCAGAGGCUUGGAGUUCAGAGGAACAUAUUGCCAGCAGAGGGAGGUGGAGGCGAUCACUGAAGGGGUGGAGGAAGAUGAAGGCUGUUGCUGCUGUGAGCCAGGUCAUCUCCCCCACAUGCUCUCCUUUAAUGCGGCCUUUGGUCAGCGCUGGUUGGCUUGGGAGGUAGCCGCCACCAAAUACGUCCUGGAGGGCUACAGCAUUAGCGACAACAAUGCAGCUUCCAUGCUUCAAGUAUUCGACCUGCGCAAAAUUCUCAUCACAUAUUAUGUCAAGAGUAUCAUCUACUAUGUGACCCGCUCUCCCAAACUGGAGGAGUGGUUGGCCAAUGAGACAGUUCAGGAAGUGUUGCGGCCUUGCCUCAGCCCUUCCUACGUGGAUAGUGACCCCACCUUCAAUCUGAACAUAGAUGAAGACUACGACCACCGUGCUUCUGGCAUCACUCCAGCUUCCUUCUGUCUGGUGUACCUGGAGUGGAUAAAAUACUGCAACAGCCGCAGACAAACGCCAGUUGAGAGUGAGAAGGAUUCCCCUCUGGUCACACUGUGUUUUGGGUUGUGUAUUCUGGGCCGUCGAGCUCUGGGCACUGCCUCACACAGCAUGUCAGCCAGCUUGGAGCCUUUUCUCUACGGCCUUCAUGCCCUGUUCAAGGGCGACUUUCGUAUCACCUCUCCUAGAGAUGAGUGGGUUUUUGCAGACAUGGACCUGCUGAACAGGGUGGUGGCUCCAGGUGUACGGAUGUCCCUCAAACUGCACCAGGAUCACUUCACCUCUCCUGAUGAGUAUGAGGACCCAGUGGUGCUGUACGAUGCUAUCACUGCUAAUGAAGAGAAGAUGCUCAUCUCUCAUGAGGGCGAUCCUGUGUGGCGCAGUGCUAUUCUGGCUAACAUGCCUUCUCUGCUUGCUCUCCGCCAUGUUAUGGAUGACGGCAGUGACGAGUACAAGAUCAUCAUGCUGAACAAACGCUUCCUUAGCUUCAGAGUCAUCAAGGUAAACCGGGAGUGUGUGCGUGGGCUAUGGGCUGGACAGCAGCAGGAGCUGGUCUUCCUGCGGAACCGGAACCCUGAACGCGGUAGCAUCCAGAAUGCCAAGCAAGCCCUGAGGAACAUGAUUAACUCAUCCUGUGACCAGCCCAUCGGAUACCCCAUCUACGUCUCCCCACUCACCACCUCCUACGCAGGGGUCCAUGUCCAGUUACGUUCGGUCUGGGGAGGUCCCAUCAGCCCCCACAACAUUUACACCUGGUUCAUCAGCAGCUGGGACAGGCUUCAGAAGGGAUGUGGUGCCGGAUGUAACAGUGGGGGGAAUAUUGAUGAUUCAGACUGUGGUGGCGGCUCUACCUCCAUCAGUAACAACCCUGCAGCUCAUCCUCCCCAGAACACAGUGUCCAGCAUCACUCAGCCUCAUCCCACUACUGUACAGCCCUUGAUGGGGACUGACAACCCUGUUGGGCCUUCCUGGCCGCUUCAUCCCCAGCCCCUAACACUUGCCCUGCUCAGCCAAUCAGAGGGCAGGAUGGAUGCAGGGCUGGUUAGCUCCUUGCACCGAACCUCUUCCAUCCAUGGGCUUUUAGGGCAACACCUGUCCAGCUCCCAGCUGUCUUUCAGUACUUCAGUUGCCCUGCCCCUUGCAGACCGCUUCUGCCCCAGUAGCCUGCAGGACAACCCCAGUCACAGGGUAUCUCAGAGGGGCCUGGGCCAGGGCAGCGGGCUGCCUUAUGAGGCCCUGUACAGCAAAUGGAGCCUUCCAGGGAGGAAAGGAUUUAACGGACCUGCUGUAAUGGAAGCGGAUGGCUCAGCAUCACAGAGCAUACGCACACAGCCUUUGCAGCCGCCCCUCCCCAUCCUGCCCUCUGAUGUCAGCCCAACACUGGAUCCAAUGGGAGCAGUCAUACCCUCUGAGACCAUGCCCCUUACAUCGUCAGACCCGCCCAGUGCCCGGGAGGAGUCUACAGAGCUGCCUUUACUUGAGCACCUCCGCUGAGCCUGCACAGCACGACUAGUACAGCUGGGAUCAGCCCAUGGUCAUCCUCGCCAUCCAGAGAGAGCGAGCUAGGAGGAAGUCGAGCUCACCUUAUCAACCUUUUUUAUAAUUAAAGCAUCUUCAGUCAAUACUCUGAUUGCGUAUUUUAGGAUGUUUCUCGCAAGUAUCCUUAAUAAACACAUCACCAGAUACAGAAGCACAUUAGAAAAGUGCUGUUAAGUACUGAACUCUGGACUGAGCUCUCCAAAGCUUCUUUGGCUACUGGUCUCCAGGCCCAUAAGCCUAAAAAAGUGGCCAGUCAGUGCAAUCUUAAGGGAUUUUCUUUUUUUUUUUUUUUUUUUUUUUUUUAAUAGAAGGAGGGUCAGGUCAUUAAAUCAAAGCAAUCUGUGACCUGUACCACCAGCAGUAACAAAAAGGGAACUCUCCUGUCCUCUGUAGCAGCCUUAAACCUACUUAAAGCUUUUGUUUUUACCCCCACGCAUCCAGUUCAUUGCUAAACAUCCACAAAUGCUGCGCAUCAGCUGUAUUGUGCAGGAUAUCUCCCUUUGAUCAGAGCCCAGAGCUUGUCGCCACAAAAGCCACUGUCCUUUUAAGACCAAAGGACUCAAAUAUGAUUUCCCCCUCACUGAGCCGUCAUUUAGUAGCUCACACAUUCCAGCAAAGUCAUUCAAUCACGUCGGCAGCCCAUCAGACUUGCUUAUACUCUUAAAUGACAACCACGACCAUUUUCCAGCGAGCUUCAGGGAAAAGACUUGAAUACACAAACACACAGACUCACAUGCGCACUUCCCUCAGCACCUGGUGCUCCCUUUAUAGUUUACAGCUGGCUCAGGUGACGAUGGUGGAGCCUGAGAUCUGUAGAACAUUUGGGACAGAUUAGGCGUCAUCAAACCGGUGGUCUGUCUUUUUUUUAUCAUUUUUUUAGACUCUCUAUUUUCUUUACACAUCCCACAUUAAAUCAGACUACCUGCUAAAUUCCUAAAGCGCUCCCUAUGGAAUGGGCUCUGAUGGUGAAGUAGUGGGCCGGAGCACAUGAGGGCUUCCUGGCCUCCUGUCAGACUUUUUCCUGCUGCUGCAAGUGCCUGCAGUUUGUCUCCCUCUACUGCAAUACUACUGCUACUGCACCACCCCUUCUACUACUACUAAUAUAACUAACCAAACUACUGCUUUGACUUCUAAACUCCAGCGUUUUAGUUGGAAGAACUUGGUGGGGGAAAAAUAAUUAAGAUGCACCGAUUCUCAAGACAAAGAUUUAUUUGAUUUCUGACAGAGUGGCUGUUUUUUGUUGAUUGUGCUGAUACUAGCUGGACAUGAGUGAACUGUAACAUUGGCCCCAUUCUUGAAUCCAUCUGAUUGUGACUAGCUUAUUCCCUUUUUUCUUGUAAUACAACUGGAAAGUUAGAUGUCAAUAUUCUGAUGUUAAAUACCUGCUGUUGGGCAACCGAAACUCAGACCGCCUGCUGUGGAAAAAGCAGGGCACUUACUGCCUCUACAACAACAAACAUAUCAAAUGCUCACAGAUUUGACACCACUGACAUCAGCCUGGAAUAGCUGCGACGUGUCGAUGUAAAGGAGCUUGAAAUAUCCCAUGAGCUGUUUAAAGUGGUUUUGAGAUUCAGAAAGCCAUUCAGCUCUUUUCCACCAUACAGUUUCCUAGCUUAAAAUGAUUGACGUGGCUGAGCUGUGCUCUGAAACAGGCUUUGUGUCGAACGAUAUGGUUUGAGAGCCAGCAUGCAGGGGCCGCCAUGGGAAAAUGGUGCCUUCUGAUUUGACAGACGGUGUUCAGGUGGAAGAGAAGGAUUUUUGCUGGAAUUUUUUUACACUGGUUCCUCAGAGUAAAGCAAAAUAAUGUGCUAUUUUUCUGCUGAAAGGCCCCAUUUAAUUACUUUUACAAAGCUUAUGCAUUCAAUUUGGGUGAUUCUUGCUCGAUCAACAUCAAGUUUUGAUGUGAUUUGAGCCUCUAGCUUCAUUUAGUGCCAGUAGAGGCCGUUCACACUAAAUUGAUCGUGCUCACAUAUUCAUAUUCUCAUUUAAACCACCAGUUGUUAAUAGUUUCACAGUGUCUCUCUGCCCAUCACAGACCAUAUCACCGGUUGUUUGAACACUAAAAGUCUCUCUGCAGAUCGUGCAGCCUAUUCUGAUCACAACCAUGCAUUCUCAAGUCUGUCAUGUAUUCUGCCAAGCAAACCUGGCUCGUUUACAGCCUCUUGCGAUGGACUUCAGUAGAUCUCGAGCGUUUGGUUCAAGGCUGAUCGACCUCUUUCUCUCUUUCCAUCAGGACCAGUUCUCUCAUCUUUAGGGUGACAUUUCCAAAGCAACAGGGAGUACUUCUCUUACUGGGAGAAAGCACAAGUUACUGGAUAGUGUCAGUGAUUUAAAAGGGAUCUGAUCAAUCUCUGCCAUAUAUGUACAGCAUGUUUUGUAUAUAAAUAUAUUUAAAAUAUAUAAAUAUAUAUAAAUCUAUUUUAUUAUUAUUGUAUUUCUGGUUAUUUUUCAAUGGAGGACACUACAUUGAGUCUUAGGGGAGUCACGCUUCGGUGUAUCAGUGCUUGCGGAGGGCUCUGACUCUCUCUCGACAAUAGAAUCAUGAAGUCUGGGGAAUCAAUCAGUUAAUACUGCUUUUGCACAAACUAUUGUAAAAUAGUGCACCGUUUUUGUUUUUUGUUACAUGGGGGGAUUGUUUUAUUUAAAAACUGUUAUUCAAAGUUAUGUACAGUUUUCUGUGAUUUUUCUUUUUCCCCUCCUAUUUAAAUUAAAGCUUUUUUGUGUCAUUGUUUGCAA